AUGAGUGAUCUUAGUGAACUGACCGCUGAACUGAAUCAUUUUAGUCUUAACGUCAGGGUCUUGACCCUCCUCACUUAUUUCCCCAGCCGCCUUCCCAAUCGCCGACGAGGCCGCUUCCUUGAUCUGUGCUUGAGCUUGGCGGUCGAACUCGUUAACGGCGGCUUCAAGACCACUAACUUCUUUCUUAAGAUCUUUUGUGACUUCAGUAAAUCUACUAGCAAUCCCGGUCUCUACAUCACUCCUCACUUCCUUCAACUUGCUGUCCACGGCUUGGGCGGGGCUUUCUUGGUUGGAGGUGCCGGGUUGCUUGGGGUUGGUCGCCUGGUUAAGCUUUUUAUCGAGAUCCUUGGUUACUCUAAUCGCAUCAUCCAACGCCUUUGCGAUGUGUAUAUCGCUGUGUUCGCCGCCCAUCCUGUAGUCUGCAAGUAG